GAACCCUCUAUUUCGAGCAUUUUUCUCUCUCGUCUCUAGAACCCUCUCGAGCAGCAGUUGUGACUCUUUCUUGAGAUCACUAGCAAACAAUAGAGCUUGGCCAUAGGUCUUAGAUGAGUGAAGCCAAUUACCUUACCGUUCAUAGUACUGAAAGGAAAACUUGUUGGUGUUAUGGAGGAGUCUGAAGGUCGAUUGCUGCUGAGAUCGACAUAGGUCUGAUAAUACCCAUUUCAAUAAGGUCUACUUGAUGGUAAGAUUUGAUCGGUUUGUUUAUUACCAAAUGAUGUUUUUAUUGUCAGGAAAACACAAAUUAUUUUCAAUUAUUCUGGGUGAGGGCUGUUACAAUUCCCGACUGAAGCCCAAGCCCAAGCCCAAGCCCAAGCGAGGCGAGUUUUAGUAGAAGCGUUUGUGUGUCUGGUAAGCGGCAACAAACACUGGAGAAGCGAAAGCUCAGGAGCAGGAGGAAUGUGGAGAGACAAGCCCCCCGGUUUGAAGAUUCUGUGGGUCUGGACCCUCGGCACCGCCGCUGUUUUGGUUGCCAAUGUGGUCAGGACCAGGGUGAGAGACAUGGACACCCUUAUGAACAACACUGAGGAGCAUCAUCAUCAACAACAACGACACAGUGCCGCCGCCAACUCCGAGACAAUUUUGGUGCCUGAAUCAGAUCAAGUGAUUCGGGAAGAGAAAUCCUCGUAGCUAGCUAGGUAGGUAAAAUAUUGGAAUCAAUCCCAGUUUUGUAUCUGACACUCUACCCUUCUCCAUUAUUGAAGAAGAUGUCUUCAAAUAUCACGUUUGUUUGUCAGUUUGGAUAAACGGUUUUAUGGGCUUUUGACAAAGAUUGCGUGUAAUGUGUUUGUCAUACUGACAUGACCUAUUUCAAGAUUUCAUUUUGAUUAUGUUGA